CUAUAAAACGUAAACCUCCCUCUUCUCGCGUUAUCUCAGAAUAGUCAACAAAAUGUCUGCUUACGACAGCGUACAAACAGGUGGUCUUAAACUCAAGGGUGUGUCUGAUCAUUCCAUUAAAAAAAAGAAAAAGAAGAAGAGUAAGGACAAAGACAAGGAACAGAGACAUUUGGAGCUGUCUUUAGAAAAUGAGGGUAAAGAGCCAACUUCACCAACCAGCAGCACAACUCGCAUGUAUGUUGCCAAGAAAACUAAAGCUGAGCUUGCUUUUGAAAAAGUCAAGGAGAAAAGGCAAGCUGAACAGAUUCUAGAAAAGGCUAGUACAAGUCAUAAAGAACAAAUAAUGAAAUUAAAUAAGCACUUGGAUACACUGACAGAACAUUUUGAUAUCCCCAAAGUCAGCUGGACCAAGUAAUUCCUCCAAGGGAGAUAACUCCUACAGUACUACAUCCGACCCAGGCUACAAGCAAGAUGGAGAAAUUCCUGUCUGGAACAGAAAUUUGUGUUUUUAUGUCAAUGUGUCACUGAACUAGUACAGACACUAACAGAUAGACACAUAUAUCACAUGUGGAAAGAAGGAUGUGGUUUAAAAUUAUAAUGAAUUGGAAAUAUUUGACCUUUUAUUAUUUUAGGUAUGAAACGUCGAUUUAACCUCUUACCAAUUGUUAUCUAUUUUGUUGUGAAUAGCUGAAACUUUAUUGUUGAAGCGUAACUAUUCACUCACUAACUCACUGCCAUUGUCAUCAGUGAUGAGGCAGUGUCUUGGUUUGUUGUUUGAUUGUACUUGUGAAUCCGAAAAUAUUUAUUUUUCAAACAAAACUUGUUAUCAUGGAGGUAACAUACAUAACACUUUUUAUACAUAUUUGCAGUAUCUAAAUAAAAGAAUAAUAUUUAUGAACCAGAAAAGUCACUGAUCCCUUUUGAGGGUCGGAGAGCCCUUUUUGAAUUUAGAGUAAAGAUAUUUGAACAGAAUCUUUUAUUAAGGGUAUGUAUAAUUAUCAAUGUAUCUCAGGUAUUCUUACUGACAUCAACCGCUCCUAGUAAUCAUUUUCAUUAUGAAACAUCUACUUUUCAACAAUAAUUAUGUUGUUUAAUUGUGUUGAUAGUGGUGCCAUCUGUAAGUAUUGCUUCUAUGUUUCAUGUGUAAGUAAUUGUACUGUAUAUGGUCUACUCAUGUCCUUUGUAUUCACUGUCAGUCAUACAAGUUGGACAACAAUUAAUCAGUUAUUAGCUUUUUAUCCAACUUUUACAAAAUGUGAGGAAGGAGGCAUUUUAUAUUUUAGAUCUUGUUUGUUUUUAAUGCCAAAUGUUAUGUGUGUUCAUUAGCUGUGGAGGAAUUUGAUUCACUUUAAGCAUGUUUGGUAGGACUGUGUUUCAUGUAUGUGGUGUUUCACAUCUACGGUGUAUUUCAUCAAGUAAAGAAUGAAUACAUUGUGAUAUUCGUGGUGUGUGGUCACAUGGGACAACAAAACAAUGAUGUUUGGUAGGUAGGUGUGCAGAGAUGAAAAUCUAAUAAUGAUGGCCCUAUAUAUCAUACACAGUAAGAGUAAGUUCCAUUCAAAUUCUUACUAAAACAUUUCUGUCAUUUUCUACACAACUACUCACCAAUAUCCAUGUCUCGUACAUUUCCUUUAUAUUUUAGGGAUUGUCUAUUGCUAUGAAAAUCCCAGAUUGUAUGCAUCAAUAAAUAUCAUGUCAUCAUUA